AUGGUCUUUCAGACCCGGUUUCUAUGUUGUGGGAAAGUACGUGCACCGCGCACCUCCAGGAAACCCUCGCGCACCUCCAGAAAACCCUCGCACCCUCCAGAAAACCCUCCCGAUCCUCCCAGAGAACCUCUCGUACCCCUCCAGAAAACCCUCCAGCCUCUCCCGUGGCUCCAAUGCACCGAGCUUGGGAGCCUUACUCCUCCCCGUUUCGCACUCAUGCACUGCGCACCUCCAGGGAACCCUCACGUGCAUCCAGGAAACCCUCGCGUGCCUCCAGGAAACCCUCGCGUGCCUCCAGGAAACCCUCGCGUGCCUCCAGGAAACCCUCGCGUGCCUCCAGGAAACCCUCGCAUGCAUCCAGAAAACCCUCCUGAUCCUCCAUAA